CUUUGACUCGCAAAGAGGCCAAAAUAGAGACACGUAUCACUUACUCCAUCACACAAUCACACACAAACGCGGCUCUACGUAGAUGACAGACCUACGAGGAGUUCAGAGAAACACAACGAUGAGCACACAGGAUGUUGGAUAUGAGACUCCGCCCAUCUGUGACCUUUUGACCCUCCUGCUAAAGAACCGACGACCCUCCGGCGCCUAUAAUGAAGUCUGGCCCGACAUCUACAUCAGUGAUGCACCAACAGCAAGAGACAAGAUGCUUCUACACCGUCUAGGAAUAACUCACAUCGUCAACGCUGCACAUGGACCUGCUCACAUCGACACUGGAGCUGAUUUCUACUCGGACACAAGCGUAGAGUAUUAUGGCGUGGAGGCACCAGACAAAAAAGACUUUGAUAUCACACCGUUUUUCUACCCCACAGCCAGUUUCAUUCAUAAGGCUCUUUCGCAGCAAAGAGAGGGGAAGGUCUUGGUUCAUUGUGCCAGAGGAGUGAGUCGUUCAGCGACGUUAGUGUUGGCGUAUCUGAUGAUAUACGAAAAACUCACAAUCGCAGAAGCCAUUAAUGCGGUUUGCGCCCACCGGAACAUUCUACCCAACGCAGGAUUCCUUCAACAGCUCCGUCAGCUGGACUCAAACCUCAACCUGCAGAGGAAAGAUGGGAGCUAUUAGUAUAACUAACAGGCAACUGUGUUAACUAAUUUAACAAAUUGUAAAUAAAACAUAGAAUUGCAGUUUACAUUAUGAUAUAGAACAAAUGAACAGGAAAAUAUGGAAGCUUGUUUCCGCCACUGAAUAAAAAAUAAAAAGGUAACUGCAA